CUAAUUUCCAUAUGCAGAUCUGUCUCUCCCAACAGUCCCUCUCGCCAUCACACCAUUUCUUGCAUUCUAAUGCAUUCUCACAUCUUUACAAAAUCCCCCCAUCCGCCACACGCCGUGGAUGUGCUCGUUUAGUCGAUUUACAGUUCGUUAUUUCUGCACGUUUGACUCCUCCGGCGAGGAGAUGCACGGUUGACGCGGGGUUUUGCAUGCUCUAAUUUGCACGUUUUAUUACCAGGAGUCAGUGGAGACAAUAAAAAUGGACGCGACGGGAGAUUCUUUUCUUCACGAUGCAUCGACCUCCCGCUCUGCUUUCAACAGGAGGCAGUCCGUCAGUGUGAAGGCUCUGUCGUCUGAGUGGGAAAGGCUCCAUGUUCAGUGCAGUUGUGCUGGUGCUUGGCUGCCUGCUGCAGAGGAAACUAGUGGCCACAGAGGGGCAUCGUGGGACCAACUGCCAUGUCUUCUAUGCAGUGCAAAUGGACGGAGGCUUCAGAGCCGCCAGAGCUCUGGCAGAGCAGCACGGACUGGAGUUCAUACAGCGGGUUGGCAGCCUGGAGGGUGUAUACACCCUGAGAGACAGCAGGUGGCGCCCUGACAGAGCCACCUUUGAGAGCAGACUUAGGACCGCAGCAGGGGUUCACUGGGUGCAGAGGCAGCACAGUCAUUACAGAGACAAACGGGUACCUGUGACAGGACCGGGCCACAGUAGCACUCACAGUUCCCAGAGGAGAGAGUCUGCAACUGACAGACAGCCUGAGGAGAAUAAGAGUGACCAGUCCCUCACCUUCAAUGACCCGCUCUGGCCCAUGCAGUGGGAACUGUUUGCACAGGGCGAGUACAACUCCAGUGGGUUUGACCUGAAUGUGAUGCCGGUUUGGAGCAACAACAUCACCGGUAAUGGAGUAGUGGUCAGCAUCAUUGAUGAUGGUGUAGAUCACGCAAACAAGGACCUGAAGAAAAACUUUGAAGCGCUCGCCAGUUUUGACCUGUGUGCUUCACAUGGUCUGUCUCAUGAUCCCAUGCCUGUCAGAGAUGAGGAGAAUAGUCAUGGUACCCGAUGUGCAGGGGAAGUUGCCAUGGAGGCCAACAACUCCUACUGCGGUGUGGGCAUCGCCUUCAAUGCCAGGAUCGGAGGUAUCCGCUUGUUGGACGGCUCUGUCACUGAUGCCAUGGAGGCCACAGCCCUGACCUUCAACAUCCACUUCAUCGACAUCUACGUCUGCAGUUGGGGCCCCCGGGACGACGGGGCCGAGAUGGACGGGCCGCACAGUCUGACAGAGCGAGCCCUUCGGCUUGGAACUCACAAGGGCCGAGGUGGGAAGGGCAGCAUCUUUGUGUGGGCGGCAGGUAAUGGCGGAAUGCAGCGUGACCACUGCGGUGCAGACGGUUAUGUUAACUCCAUCUACAACAUUGCCAUCGGCGCUGUCUCUCAAACAGGGAAGCCCACCUACUUCGGCGAGCCCUGCCCCGGUGUGAUGGCCGUCACUCUCACAGGGGCCGGCGUGGGAGGCUCACUACCUCUGGUUACUGUCACGGUGACCAGCAUUAGUGAUGGCUGUGUCACACACUUUCCAGGAACGUCCAGUGCUGCCCCGAUUGCUGCAGGGAUUCUGGCUCUUGUCUUAGAAGUAAAUCCUAACCUGACGUGGAGGGAUGUUCAGCAUCUCAUUGCCGAGACAGCAAAGAUCCCUGACCCCAAAGAGCCUGGGUGGAACAUCAACGGAGCAGGAUUCCAUGUUCACCAUAGGUAUGGCUUCGGAUUGUUGGAUGCAGGGCUGAUGGUGCAGCAGGCUGUAUACUUCACCAGUGUUGCUCCACAGAGGAAGUGCACGCAAGAAGUCACACUCGAUCCUACCAGGGUCCUUUCUCCAGGGGGCCUGGUCAGCGUGAACAUCCAAUCAGAGGCCUGCCAUGGGAGGUCCAACGAGAUCAACACUCUAGAGCAUGUUCAGGUGAGAGUAAGCAUCAGCACCGUGUGUCGCGGUGACCUCUCUAUAAGCCUGGCGUCUCCAGCCGGCACCGUAUCACUGCUGUUGGACACACGGCCCAAUGACGCCUCCAAUGCAGGCCUGAAAAACUGGACCCUGAUGACGGUGCACUGCUGGGGGGAGCAGCCACGAGGCCCCUGGACCCUACAGGUGACUGACCACAAAGGCACAGUGAGGAGCUGCAUGAGGCCGAAUGACGAGGAGGCAUCCGGCGCCUUACUCAGUGUUACACUCAUCCUCUACGGCACCUACCUCCCACACAGGACCAUGCACGAGGGACCCCUGCAGAGCAUUGUGUCCAUGGGGUUACGCCACCCUGUACCUCAGAGGGGGGUGUACCAGAGGGACGGUUUCCCCCCUCUGGAUCUUAUUCAAUGGGUCUACCAAAUGGAGAGAGACAGGAAGGUACGGGCUGAUGAUAUCACUGUUCCAGUCAGACACAAGAUGUUGAAGAUUCCUGAUAACAAGACCUUCAACAAGCUCCUGAUGUCCAGUAUGGCUUUCCAGUUACAUCAGACAGAUGUUGCACAGAAGUCUUCCACGGGGGCAAGACCUUCUGCUGUGAAGAAGCUUCCUGAGACCAUCAGGGAUAAUGUGGACAGAGAGAGCGGCUCCUUACCAUCACAGACUCUCCAGGGUGCCGUCAUGGAUGUGAAGGAGGUGCGACAGUCAGACUCUUCAGCUCCAGGAGGAGGGGAAACUGUGAGCAGAAAGGCAGGGGAAGGGAAGGGGAACUGAGGAAACAAAUAUGAAGCAUGGUUAAAUAAAGACUGUUAUUUUUCACAGUGCAGUAAGUCAAUUGAUCGUGAAUCAAUUCCAUGUCCAGCACUUUGACUGUGUGGCCUCAGUGUUGGCACAGAUUAUUUAUUGUGGAUUCCUAGCUCGGCUUUAAAACUCAAUCACUCUCCAAGCCACAGAAACACACACAAACAUAUAAAUCCUUCCCCAAAAACAAAUAGUUUCAGAAGCGGGUCUCUGCACUCAUCUCCCCUCCUUGUUUGCUUUCGGAAGUUGCAAAGGUUAGUGAAAGAUAUGUUUGUCUUUUUCCACUUCAUUGAAGGGUGAACUCAGCUCAGUGCAAUAAGAAAUGGAUUACCCAUUCAUUAAAGGGGCUGCGUCACUCCUCAUUGAGUUGGACAAAUAGCAAAUUAAUUUCUAGCCGCCUAAUUUCUCUCUGUUCUCCACUGAAUUUCCGAUAACGUCGAAUUACUGAUCACAGCCAUGUGAACUCCCUCAACUUUUUAUCAAUUCAUUAAAAAUGUGCCACAGCGGAGAUGCUACAGAGGAAAUUCUCUCUCUUAUUUCUGCAUGCUUCCUCCACCAGCACAACACUGUAUACAAACAGAGAUCAACUCAAGUGUUUAAUUGAAAUUAGGAUAUUAAAAACACCAGAAACCGUUACAGAAAGUGUUGGAAGAAGUUACUUUGUUGCCAUUUUGAAUCAGCCGUAAACUUUUAAACCGGUGCAUCCCAAUAUGAAACAAAGAUGUCAGAGUGAUAGCAGCUCUGUCCCAGUCAAGUGCAGGUCUGAAGGUAGUGGUGUUUUGUAAAGUAGCAGUAGUGUAUUGACAGGGCUGUAUUGAUGUUUCAAUUAGAGCAGCGUUACAUAGUGCCGCAGCAUGGUAACACGGUGCGUCUCCUGCCAUCUGCUCUGCCUCCACGUCUGACGAACGAGGCACGUGGGGCUAAUCGAGCCGCACAUGAGCGAUGGGACCACGAGAUCUAUCACACACACACACACACACACACACACACACACAUCGUAUACGCACGUCCUUAUGCAGAAAAAUGGGGGGAGACGAGGGAGAGCGCCUCAGCCCCGCUGUUUAAACAGCCUUCAGAAAGCCUGUGAUUCCUCCCCUUCUCCCUUCAUAUGUGCCACAGGAGCAGCCAGCAGGUUAUUUCUCUGACAAGGAAACGGGCAAACGCACCAGAUGCACGAGUUAAAAAUCUUCAAAAGCUCAUCUGAUGGAGAGACAAAAAAAGGGGAACAGCUUCUGCCAGGUUUUCUCGUGCUGGGACGGUCUGAAAUAACAGUGUGCAUUAUGCCUGGCGUUAUUGCCUGCCAAACCACACGAAUCAAAGACCUCAUUGUGUGGAUUACCUCGUUAAUCUGUUGAUGCCAUUGAGUAGUAUUGCAGGUGUUAAUGUGCCAGGUUUUCUCUCUCUCUCUCUCUCUCUCUCUCUCCCUCUUUCUCUCCCUCUCUUCUCUUAUUGGGGAGGUGUAGCGUUAGGUUGGUAAUCUGCUUUAAAUGCUUUCUGGGGAAUGAGACAGGCUGAAACCCAGCCAAGAGAACUCUGCUAUCAUGAAGAGCGUUCUCUUAAUACAGCACACAGAGGGGACUGACAGACUGAGGCUAGCGGCGCCAGUGCCAACGGGGACAAGCUAGGGAGCUACACGCCCCACGCCACUUGUUGAAAUAUAUGACUGUAUGAAUAAUGAAAGAGGAAGAGGAAAGUGGUAUUGCUAAAGCAGUCCCACAAUGACAUCCAUCACAGAAAUGCCUCGUUGCUCUCCUUCCUCUGUUUCCUCCUGCAAAAAAAAAAAAAACUCCCAAGUUGUGUCUCUUUGGAGGAGCGAACCAAAGCUCAGCUCUGUGCCUGCCUGAGCUGAUUUAGAGGUGAACUCCUAAACCAGAAAGAGAAGAGCGAGAUAAAGAGACAGACAGAGAGAAAGACAGAGGGAAAGGGACAGAAAGAGAGGUAAUCCUCCCUUUUUUCUGCUCCCCAGGGUGGUCUCUUCAUCCAGGGCCUCAAAGAGGGACAGAAUACACCUCCUCGCUACAAUGGAGGGGACCCACAGGGGCUGUUGCUAUCUGAGUGUGUGUGUGUGUGUGUGUGUGUGUGUGUGUGUGUGGGGGUGCAGCUUUAAGCAGGCCUUUGAGUGGCCUAAUUGCAUUGGAAUACAGCAGUCUGAGAGCUGGCUCAGAUCACGGCAGGCUGCUGGAGGGGUUAGCGCCCGCACCUCGACAGCCACACUCAGCAAAAGAGCCCCGGCACAAUGCACACAAUUAAUGCUCUCCCUCUCGUUAACUCUCUCCCCACUUUUUGUCCUCUCCUACUUCUUCUCUCAUUCUCCUCCUUCUCGCCCCAUAUCUUACUCUCUCUCCUCUCCCUCUCUUGCCUCACCCCCCCUCCCUCCGUCCCCCAGUAUGUAGUCACUCACCCACUGUAUUAAUCCUCCCAUACAGCCUGUCAAUCUCCCUCUCUCUUUGAUGCACACAACAAUUACAGUACGGAUGAAAGGCGUGGGUCGGCUCUCGUUAUGUAAGACUUGAAACAAGCCUUGGUGAGAAUUAUUGAUAUCUGAACAGCUAAUCUGAAAUAAAACCUCAACAACGUGACAUCUCUGUUAUUACUUUUGCAACAAUUGAUCUGCCCUUGAUUAAAAAGUAUUGAAUGUUUUGUAUUUCGGUGUAACAAUGCAAGUUACAUUGUUAUAACUCGGGAUAUCUUUUAUUUGGAAGAUACAAUCUUACUAAUUCAAAGAGACUGGUUCAGUUCUCACUAUUUUUGUCUUUGUGUCUGGUCUGGUAUGAGCCACACAAGUCAAAGCUGUGCAAGGUGGUGGAAGCAAAGCAAAGAAAUUUUCAUUUAUUCAUGAUUAUUCUCUCAAUAUUAGGCUGCAAGAAACCAAAAAUGCUCCAGCAGUGACUUUUUUGUGUCUUUGUGGCACUAAAUACUAUUAUUAGACAUCUUAUUGUACCUAAUAGGAUUACACUAUAGUAGUAUAAUAGUCCAGCUAUCAUCAUAACAGUAUUUAAUAGGGUAAUAUGCCUAUCUACAGUAAGAAAUGAAAUAAUUACUCGAUAAACAGAUAAAAAUGAAUCUGCAAUUUUAAUAAUUGAUUUCUUUAACUCCUUUGACAAUAAUCUGAACAGGUCUAGGUUUUGUCCAAUUUAAAUGCCCCCCCAGACAUGUUUUAAGACAUAGGUAUACUGUGCUUAAUAAAAUAAUAAUUUGGGUCCCAUAUUGAAUUACCUCGUUGAAAAUUCUUAACAUCACAUCUGCUCCUUCCCCCUGAUUGAAAUAAUACAGAAUAGAUGAAUAUGCAAAUAUGUUUUAUUUCAGAAGUUAAAGUACUAGACGCAAGAUGUCUCAAGCUUCAGUGAAAAGCCACAUCACACACCGCAUACUGGGCCGUGAUUGGCUUUCAGACCGGUUGUGACGUCACAUCCAGGUGUUAAACUGAGAUUUAAAGUGAGCUCAGAGAAACUUUUCCCCUUUAGCAGAUGAAGCUGAAACAAUGCACAUACAUCAUUCUGCACAGUGAAGCUCCAAACAUCCAAGUCAAGUAACAAUGAGCAAAAUUAAUUUCUGACUAGAGGGGGCUUUAAAUAUGCCAUUGUGGGUUCUGGGGAGCAAUUUUCACUCAUAAGAUCAUGAAAAUAAUUGUUAGUUGCAGCCUUACAUACACCCAUUUUGCAGUGAUUUUUGUAUAGUAUCCUUCUAAAAGUUAUUACACUGGGACUAUAUUUCUGUCAGAAGGGUUGAGUUACUGUGCAUUGCUCCUACAGUAGACGGUGGACAGUUCAUUAAAUGGGUUAAUGUAGUCAGACAGAUCCCAGCCUCUCUACCUCCAGGUUGGACUCUUUAAAUGGAACUCGGUGGACUGUGUGUGUGGAACAAUCAAUGAUUUUAAAAAACAUAUCAUAUUUAACCAGCCCCUCCUCUGAUUUUCUUUAUUACACGAGCCGUGUCUUAAUAAAAUCUAAUUAUUUCCGCUCGCAGGACGCUUUCUGGUGAGAAAUUGGCAGAGGGAUGUGAGCUGAUGUAUGGGGAGACAGUCGCCUAAUUAGAGCGUUAGAAAUUGAAUCUUUACAGCACACGGGUCAUAUAAUUAUCCUACUGUUAAUUUAACGCUUACAUUCUCUGCUGUUCAUUUUUAUUCCCUUAAAUGUAGUUUGGCAGCGGCACUCGGUGCUCAGCACUGUGUUUUUACUGUAUAAGAGGAGGCAGCAUGGCCCCUAACACUGGCCCCUCUGAGUGAUUGAAUAACUGAGGACCCUGCAGUCCAAAUAACAAGGCUCGCAUCAUUUAUGCAUUGUUAAGCCAUGUAAUUGAAACGAGCCAUAGUUUGCAUAUUACACCAUUAAAAUAAUGUGCUUUGCGUUUCUCCCAACACGACUAUUUAAGCCUGUGUGGCGAUGUGGUAAUUCCUUGAAUUACAGCCUAAUUACCACAAUGUUCUUUUGAUUUGGCCGAUUUCAAUGUUACGCCACAAUAAUGUUCAAUAUUACCAGAAUGAAUUACUGAGCCGUGCCUGGAAACUUUUCCCCGUAUGACUUAAAUCCUGGCGGCUUCAUGUGCUAUCAGUGCAGCUGGAUUCACAUCCAUAAAGGAUUAUUAGCCUAUGAAAUGAGAUCCAUUAAAGGCCCAAUCAGUAAUACUUAAUUGAAGAGCUUGAGUUAUACAUGGAAUAUGAGCAUUUUGUGCUUCUCAGCUGAUCAUCAUUAGCCUGGUUUAUGUCACUGUUUACAGGUAUCAUUAAUGUAAACAGAUCAAUGAUGUCAGAAAACAAUAAAGAUUUAUAAUUACUGUUGUCUUGUUCAUCCUUCCAAAAAAAACACACCUUAAUAUUUUGCUACAAUUUGGUUGCACAUUGUGCCUUUAAAGGAUAAAAAUAACAAACUUUGUUUUUAAUAUACAAUUUUAAAUCCCUAGAUGCAUUUUAAGGUGAUUACAUUGUAUGUUUUAUUCAUCUUUGUUAGUGAGAUGAGAGAUUAAGAAUCUGUUUCCACCUCUAAAGCAGCAUCAAUACAAAGAAAAGUUUAAGAACAACUUAAACCAGUGUUAUGAAAUCUAAAGCGGGGAUUAGAGAACAUUUUGUAAUUAGCACUUUGCCUUUGUUACACGCCCCUGUAUUGUUCACACACCUCGGUCUAAACACAUGACAUGUGUCCUUGUGUGAACUUUUUGAAUAAAUUACCAUUGCUAAGAAUGAUUUGUGUGCAUGCGUAUUCCGCAUGUAGACGUUUCUGUUUUUUUUUUUUACUGCGCACUUUGAAUAUUUUUUGUGAAAAUAUUUCAUUGAUAAUUGCUUUUUUACUGCCUUUUAAUUUUACUGUUACGUUCAAGUUAUUAAAUAAAAUGUUUAAUUACA